UUUUGCAAAAUGGAAGAAAUUUUUUUGCUUUGAAGCUGUCAAGAUCAAAACUGAGCCAAAAUACACGACCAGAAUGCGGACUGGCAUCAGUAUAACUGUCAUAUGCUAAUCGACUCCAUCCAGUGUAUCCGAGAAGACCAAGUGUUACACUACUCGCUGAAGACCUCAGUGACUCGGGCCUCAUCAUUCAUUGAAUAGAAUACCGGUACAGAACUACAGAGAAUGACGGACGUGGACCACAAAAAGGACUCUGACAAUGUCAAGGUGGUUGUCCGCUGUCGACCAUUAAACGAAAAAGAGAAGGAGACAGGAUGUAAACUUGCUGUUAAGACGGACAGUGUGAGGGGAUCGAUUUCUGCAACCAAUCCUAAUGCAACCCAUGGUGAGCCUCCAAAGGAGUUCACCUUCGAUGUGGUGUUCGGUCAUGACUGUAAACAGGUGGAUGUCUACAAUGAAAUAGCCAGACCAAUAGUGGACUUUGUGUUAGAAGGUUUCAAUGGCACUAUAUUUGCAUAUGGCCAGACUGGCACAGGAAAAACCUUCACGAUGGAGGGCAUACGCUCAGUUCCAGAGUUACGAGGCAUCAUACCAAAUAGUUUUGCACAUGUAUUUGGUCACAUCGCAAAGGCUGAAGAUGACGUGAGGUUCUUGGUGCGUGUGUCCUACCUAGAAAUCUACAAUGAAGAAGUGCGGGAUCUUUUGGGUAAAGAUCAGACACACAGAUUGGAGGUGAAGGAAAGACCAGAUGUUGGCGUCUAUGUCAAGGAUCUCUCGGCCUUUGUUGUAAACAAUGCUGAUGACAUGGACAGGAUUAUGACAUUAGGCAACAAAAAUCGCGUUGUUGGUUCGACGAAUAUGAAUGCGACAAGUUCAAGGUCACAUGCCAUUUUCACCGUCACAAUAGAAUGUGGUGAGAAGGGACCAGAUGGAAAACAUCACGUGCGCGUCGGCAAGCUUCAUCUAGUCGAUUUAGCCGGCUCUGAAAGACAAGCCAAAACUGGUGCUACAGGCAUGAGGCUGAAGGAAGCGACCAAGAUCAAUCUGUCCUUGUCGACCCUCGGGAACGUAAUCUCGGCUCUUGUUGAUGGCAAGAGCACACAUAUACCCUACAGGAACUCUAAACUGACUAGACUGCUGCAGGACUCUCUUGGUGGAAAUUCUAAAACACUUAUGAUUGCAAAUGUGGGUCCUGCUGACUACAACUUUGACGAGAGCAUUAGUACGCUUCGAUAUGCCAACCGAGCCAAAAACAUCAAGAACAAAGCCAAAAUCAAUGAGGAUCCCAAAGACGCCCUCUUACGGCAGUUCCAGAAAGAGAUUGAAGAGUUAAAGCGGCAACUUGACGAAGGUGGUGAGGGUAUCGAGGGCAGCGGCUCCGAUGAGACAGAUACGGAUGAAGAGGAAGUCAUCAUCAAUGGAGUCAAGCAGAAGAGGGGACGGAGGAAGAAGAAGACUGGGGCCAAGCUCUCCAAGGAGAAGAUGUCCGAGAUCCAGGCGAAGAUCGAGGCUGAUCGUAAAAUGUUGGAGACAAAGAAAGACAUGGAAGAGGAGGAACGUGACCGGGUGAAGAUGGAUCUUGAAACGAAAGAGCAGGAACUGAGAAAAGCCCAAGAAGAGCAAGACGCCCUCCAGCUCAAGCUUUCUGCGAUUGAGAAAAAAAUUAUUGUGGGUGGUGAGAAUCUCUUGGAGAAGGCUGAGGAACAGGAGCGACUCCUGGAGGAGAGCGCUAAAGAGCUCGAGGAACGCCAACAGAAAGAAGAGGAACUGAAGAAAGCACUGGAAGAAAAAGAGGGCGAGACAUUAGAGAUGGAAGGGAAGUACAACACACUCCAGGAGGAAGCUCAAUAUAAGACCAAAAAGAUGAAGAAGCUCUUUGUGAUGUUGAUGCAGGCCAAGUCUGAGGUUGUUGAUCUUCAACAAGAGCACCAGAGAGAGAUGGAGGGCCUGCUUGAGAAUAUCAGGGAAAUGACACGUGAAUUAAAACUUCAGAUGCUGACUAUUGACACAUUCAUACCUCCAGAAUACCAGGAGAUGAUUGAGCAGUACGUACACUGGAAUGAAGACAUAGGUGAAUGGCAGCUCAAGUGUGUGGCGUAUAGCGGGAACAACAUGCGAAAACAGACGCCCCAAGAUGUUAGUAAAGAUAAAGAAAAGUUUGAAGAGACUGAUAUGCAGGAAAUCUUCCUAGCCUACACAGCUGAGGGAGCCCAACAAGCCUUGAACAAACCUGCUAAGCCAACUAAAGGAAAGUCGGGGAGCCGGCCAAAGUCUUCCCGACCAAAGUCAUCAAAAGGGUAUCAGUACCUGUUUGGUUCUGACGCAGUGUGAAACUAGCAACUGAUUGGUGCCGUGAGCCAGCAUUGAUUGGCGGUCAGAGAAGACAAGCAGGAAGAAAGCCGAGACGAUGGAUAACGAAUUUGAUGGAUUAGUACCGUAGAUCUCAUAGUGAUUCCAUGGACAGUACAGACUUUCAUAAUCAUUAGACUUUUGGAUUUGGGGAAGAAGUUUCAAUACAAUGGUGUACACCAGAGUGAUUGGGAAAAUGUCCAAGUAUCAAUACUGAAUGCUGUGGCUACAAGGGGAUUAUUGCUAUUGCUGUAAUCUGUGUUAUGUACUUAAUCCUUAAGACUUUAUCAUAGAUGUUGCUUGGCAAUUGAUAACAAAUCAAAAUCGUUUUUACUUUAUUUGGGACUGAUUGUGAUAGGUCUCUCAUGACCAACCUACUAGGUACUUCAUUUCUUUAGAUUCAUUCUGUGUACUAAUAACAUCUAUAUUUCCUUUAUUUAGUAUUCUUUACAACACUCAGAAAAGCUGCCCUGCCCUUCUCAGGUUUGGCUCUAUGAAUUUUUUCCUCCUAGCCACUUUUUAGCGAAGUGGCUAUCACUUUUAGCCAUAUUGAGUCAGCUCUAGCCAUUGCCGAUCGUUUGUCCAUCUUGGGGCCGACCCAGCCCACAGUAACAUGUGCGAGAAUGGCUGCCCGCCAGUAGGCCUACUGAGACUAGCAAAUCAACGAACGAUUCGAGGAACCCGUGACCAGAGACUCCAUGGCAACGAAGCGAGCGGGAAACUAGUCGAUAAUGUAUGCGUAAGGCGACCAGCAGCGCCACCAAAAUCACUUGCGGCAACGGGAAGAACUAAUAAUGUAUGCGUUAGGCGACCAGCAGCGCCACCAAAAUCACUGUAGCGGCAACGGGUAGAACUACAAUGCAGCCGAUAGCAACCACGUGUGAUAGCGCGGCCGCCCACAAAUAUGAUAAAGUUUGACACUUAGGAUCGUUCCUUGGUGCAUUUGGUGUGGAAGUGGAUCUUUUUGAUAGACUUUGACCAAUUUACUCAUGGUGACACAUGUGACUUGCGUCUUGAUGUGCUGUUUCAAAGUUCCUUGCUAGAUAGAUAUCACAAUUAGUCUGAGGGGUCACAACCUAACCUUCCUUUUUUUUCCAUUUUUUGUCAGUUGGUCUUUUUUGUAUGGCUGUAAAUAUUCUGUACAUUAUUUAUUUGUUACAUUAGCCUGUAUAAACGAAACCUUUCCAAUCAGACCGGUGCCCUGUCAACAUUGGUGCCAGGGGAAUAUAAAACUUAAACAUUUAAUGAUGCGAGAGUGAAAAAUACAAAUUCGUAAGCACAA